UUUUAUACAGGAUGGCAAUGGUCGGCGCGUGAUUUUGAAGUUAAAAGGGAUGCCUUCGGAGAGAAUGGAGUUGUCACCCAAAGCUGAUAUUGAUCUGAAUGAAUCUAGCUUAUCUUUUAUGUCAAGCCUUUCUUCUGGUAAAGAUGAGGAUUCAAUUCUGAUGCCAGAUACAAUGAAUAUUGUUGCUGAAAAUCCACUUGGUGAAUCUAUAUUAAGAACAGAUACAGUUGAUUGUAACCAAGACUUAUUCAAUAUAUCGUUUGAUAAAAAUUCUCUCAAUUCAGAUCCAUCUGAUAAUAUAGUAAAUACAUUGUCUUCUGUCGAUGGAACUGUUAAUUUGUCAAAUUUUUCCAUCAUCAGUGAUGCAAAUUUGAUGACUAAUGCAGUGCAAUCUUCCGAUUCCAGUUUUUUAACACCUAUAUCAACUGUUACUUCUGUUCCUGCUAUAAAAUCAGCAGACGCACCCUUGUCAAAAGUUGGCCUUGUUAAUACAAACAAAUCAAAUCCCACACAAGUUUUAAUAUUUCAAAAGCCUCCAACAAAUCUCUCUACUGUCUUUGUUGGAGCUAAAGGUGUUCCAGGUGUUUCUGCUUCAAAUGUAGCAUUAGUCCCACAAUCUGGUGUUGUUUCUGCUGGAACAAAAAUCUUGACUUUGCCAACUGUUAACGCAACAGGAAAUAUACUUAAUGCUAUUGCCCCUUCCACAGCUGCAAAGCCUGGAGAUGUAAAAAUUUUGCUUAGCCAAGUGCCUGGAACAACUCCAACACUUGUUGCAAAUAAGCCCGUCGUUUCAACAAUUGCUAGUAGUUCAAAUACAUCACAAGGUCCCGUAAAAAGAGCAGUAACUCCCUCUUCAACUGGACAAAUGAUUACAAAAGUAAUCAUAACAAAUAAUGCUGCUUCGAAUCAAACAUUGGUGUCACCAGUUCCUGUGUCUGCAACUGCUACUACACCUAUAGUUGUCACCCAGUCGCAGCCAAUUUUAUUGGCCAGCCCAAAUAAAACAUAUACUCUGUCAAGAAACCUUUUGAACAUUAGUGGAUCGCCUCAAGUGUUGAGAGAAUAUUUUUCGUCCUCAAACCAAGUUAAGGCAAAAGGGACGCCCACUAAACAGUAUCUUUUGUCUCCGGUGAAGCCAACACAAAAAGUUGCUUAUGCUCCAGUAACAUACUCCAGGUCGCCGAGGCGAAUUGCACCAGCCACUAAUGUCACAGUUUCUAAUUUAAGUGCUGGUAAUAAAGUUGCAACUGUGAUGUGUCCUACUAAUGUGACUGCUGGUGUACCUACAGUGAGAAUGUCUGUUCCACAGUCGCCUACAAAGGUUAUAUUAAAACCUGUUCCCCAAACUGUUUUAAAACCUAUUACUGGCAGUUCCACUGCUACUGCUACAAGUAUUCUGACAAGUGUGGCUGCUGCUGCUACUACUACUGUAGCAACAGUACAAGCUACGCAACCAUCAACCUCUGGUUCUGCUACACCAAUCCAAGUACCCGGAAACAAAUUUCAUUACGUAAGACUUGUUAGUGCCAGUACUACAUCUACAACGACUACUCCAGCGAAAAAGGAAACUACUUUGAUGCCUGUCAGCAGUGUAUCUACGUUAACGACAAAUCUUGUUGCUGUAACGACUACUUCUCAAGCAUCUACAUCUCAAAUUGGAACAACUGUCCCCAUUGCACCAGCAAAACCGGCUCCAAAACCAAUUGGACCAAAGUUUCUUAUACCAAGUUCAACAAGUUCACAGAUUCGUACAAGUACUGGUAUGGUUUCUACUGGUCAGUUGAAUCCAUUAUCUGGUGGAACAUUGUUUCCUGUUGCUGGUUCCUCUAAUUAUGUGAUGGUACCUACGCAAUAUGUAACACAAAUACAACAACCGUCCUCAGUGCACCAAAUUAGCAGUGGGACACAAAUGCUUAACAUAUUGCCUGCUCCAACGCCAAAUUCAACUGCAGUUGGAUCUCAAUCAGCAUUUAUUUCCCUUGCUGCUGCCCCUCAGAGCAAUUUUCACUCUGCAAGUUCAGCUGCAACUGCUCACCAUUCUCCUAGAAGUGUAAAUGGCCGAGCACCUCCAGUUGAAAAUGAUACGAGGCCAAGAAAACCGUGCAAUUGUACAAAGUCUCAAUGUUUAAAACUGUAUUGUGAUUGUUUUGCUAAUGGAGAAUUCUGCAAUAGUUGCAAUUGUAAUAAUUGCUACAAUAAUUUAACCCAUGAAGAGGAAAGACAAAAAGCAAUAAAGGCGUGUUUGGACCGAAAUCCAUUGGCUUUUCAUCCAAAAAUUGGGAAGUCUCGGGAAGGGGACCAAGAAAGGAGACAUACUAAAGGCUGCAAUUGCAAAAGAUCUGGAUGUCUGAAAAAUUAUUGUGAAUGUUAUGAGGCAAAGAUCCUGUGUACAAAUUUGUGUAAAUGUAUUGGCUGCAAAAACUUCGAAGACAGUUCAGAGAGAAAGACUCUGAUGCAUUUAGCUGAUGCUGCUGAAGUAAGAGUUCAGCAACAGGCUGCAGCUAAAACAAAUCUGUCAUCACAAAUGCUUGAUAUCCCUACUAAACCACCAGGACUGUCAAGAACUGGUGAAAGACUGCCUUUUGCUUUCGUUACGGAAGGUGUACUAGAAGCUACCUGUUUGUGUUUACUUGCUCAAGCAAGUGAUGCUGAAAAGUCCCAUGCAUCUGAAGAAGAAAUUGAAAGAUUAGUUUUGCAAGAAUUUAGUAGAUGCUUAGUACGGAUUAUUGACUGUGCAAAUAAGACAAAAGUUUCAAAGAUGGAUGUUCAAUAAAGUAGAAAAUAUUUUAUGCUGAACUGGUAAAAUUGAAAGCAUUUAAAAUGCAACUAGUCAUGAUACAUUUAUUUUAUAUUUGUUAUAAUUGUGUGUAUAUUGUAAAUAACAUGCAAAGAUAUUUUAAUUUCAUUUUGUACAUAAAGAGCUACAUCAUCAUUAUGACCUGUUACAUAUAGUAAGUUUUAUGCUGUUUUAAGUGUUUCUCCUUGCUGACACUAAACAUGUGUUAUAUAAUUCAUGUAUAAAUUAUUGUUGUUCAAUUUCACUUACAUUUAUCAUUAUAAAAGCUUUAAAUUAGAUACAUUACAAAUUCAAAUUUGUUUCUCUUAAAUGUAUCAUGAAGACAUUCGCUAAAAAAAUUAUAUUUUUGCAUACAUGUUUUAAAAAGUAAAUUUUGUGUUAAGUGACUUUUAAAAUUAUUGUUGACUUUUAUUUUGUAAUGUUUUGUCUGAAGUCUUAACUUAUUUUAUAAGUUUUUUUUUUUUUUUUUCUUUUGGAUCAGAAUUUUAUCUUGUACAUUUGAGUGCUCACAUUGCUGCUCUUAUGAUGUUUUUUUUCUUCAUCAGAUUUAAUUCCCCUACUAUGCUCAUAGCUGCCAAUGCCCCUGAUUCAUUCUGGAGACUCCCAAAUUUUGAUGCCCUCCCCCAAAUGUAGUAAAUAUCUCCCAAACUUGCCUCAAAGCAACGAAAUUCCCCUAUAUAGGGAUUUUUGGUGUUUUGAAUUUACGGGAAAAUCUUUAUGCUGCAACUUUUGCAAUCGGAAAAAGAAACUUUAUCACAUACAAGUAUGAAAAUUGUAAAAGUCUAUCUUUUUUCAUUUUAUUUUAUUUUCCAUCUUUUUAAAACGUUUAUUUUCCAAAACAUGCAGUAAAUGUUCAUGAUAUUUCUCUGAACUUCCCAAGUUUUCACCUGCUGUUUAUUAUCAUUUAUAAGAGAAAAGAAACUUAUGCUUCUUUUAAAACUUUAUUUAUUUAUUUAUUUACUAGCUGUGUCCCUCAGCUUUGCAUGGUAUACUCAAAAAUAAAAGGUAUGUCAAGUGCCUGUAAAACAAUCAGGCUUGAACAAAAAGUAGAAUUUGUAAAAUUUUCCGGCCAAUUGUGGAAAAAUAAAACAAAAAGGAAAAAUGUUGGAUCCCCCGAUUACAGGAGAACGCUCAAAGGAGAAGCCAGAAUUUUAUUUGUUCAUAUUCAAGAAAAAAUAGCAACGGAUCUUUCUUCUCAAUGAUCUUCUUCACACUACAAAUUUUUAUAAAAGCAUUGUUCAACAGUAAAUUUCUAAUUGAAGGCUUACCUACAUUUUAGCAAAAAAUCAAUUAAAAACAGUUGUAAUUCACAUUCUAAACAUCUUGGAACAUUGGAACAAAUUUUAUCUGAUGCAGAAAAAUCAGGGGGUUCUAUGGAUAUUUUGUUCUAAUUUUUGCCAACGUUUUUUCGCCUUCAUCUAUUAGAAAAAUUCCAUUUUUUAGUUCUAAAGUUAAAAUUUGAACAGUUCGGUUCUUUUCUGGCAUUUAACGCCCCUCCUCCCUGCGUUCCUUCUUGGGUGCCUAAGUACCUCCCUGCAAAAUUUGGUUGAGAUCCGAUGUAAACUGUGGAUUUAUAUUUGGAACAUACACACAUAUAUAUUUUCUUUUAUUUAUAUAGAGUUUAUUUCUAUUUUUCUCAAACCUAAAAGUUGUAGAUUUUUCAAAAAAGAAAACAACAGUAAUAUAUCAAUUUCAAGUUUUCGGAUCCUGCCAGAUUUACAAAAACCAAAGUUUGGGUCCCAAUCACACUCGUUUAAAAAAUCCCUACUUAAAAUUUUCAACUUUUUUUUGCUCUCAAACUUUUGUCCCUAAAUUUAUUCAUACAGUCUCCCUAAUUUUCAUGUUUCAAUGUUGGCAGCUAUGUG